CUCUCUCCACCCAGGUGUAUAAAUGGGUACCGGCGAACUUAAUGCUGGGGGUAACCCUGCGAUUGACUGGCAUGCCAUGCAGGGGGGAGUAGAGUUAUUCCUAGUCGCUUCAUUCUACACAGCCCGGGAUAAGCUCUGGCCUGAUGGACCACUUAGCUCGUAUGCAGACUUUACCUAACCUAUAACUCUUUAUAGGGUAUUUAGUUGUCACCGUGAUUUCCAUCUCAUGGCCAGAAAUUAUAGAAAAUUAUGUUUGUGUUAGUGUAACACAAAAACAUUACAAAAUUUAAAUUUUCUUCAGACUCAAACUUACCAAAUAAUCCUUUAAUGCUCUCCUUUUCAUGUUGUCUUGCACAUUGGUCUACUACACAUAAAUUUAGUUUCCUGGUGACAAUUGCUUCUUUUUAAUGAUGAAUAAAGUAUAUUUAUUUACCUAGAAUUAUUGUGCCUACAUAGCUGACAGUGCAAUAGCAGAGUGCAGCCUAUUGAGUGCAACAACUUCUCUUUCAGUUCCCACCAGAAAAAAAAGUAUAGUUACGGAUGAGCGGCUCGAAGUCAUUGUAAAAAGUAACUGUUCUGUAGGUGUCAGCUAUUGAGUUCCAGGAUUUGUAGGCGAGACGACGAAAAGGAUUUAGUCCAUAUGAAGUUGUAGAUGGCUUAGGAAAAGUUAGAAUGUUUCUACCUCAUAAGGAAUACGCAACGGAUCGUAAAGUAAACAUUUUCAUUUAUGUAGUAUAGGUUUUAAAACGAAGACAGCCAAAAAUGGUAAGUAACAUGUUUAGGGGGCGUCUUUUUUCAAUCUCGACCCACAGGUUACCCGUAUUAGAUAAUCUGUUUAUAGGCUUUCGGCAUUUCUGGUUGAUCUUUCAGAGGGUUGGACCAUACCACACAAUGAACUACAUCUUCGUAGGUACAUCGGAAAAGGACUCUUUGGAGAUGAAGCUGAAUACAAUGGUAGAAAGGUGUUUAUCAAGACACGACUAUGGCAAUCUGCUCAGACAUUCCUAACAGAAGCCGCAAUAAUGACGAAUUUAAACCAUACCAACAUUGUGAAAUUACUUGGUGUGUCAUUGGACAGAAAUCCUUUUUACAUCGUGACAGAAUUUUGUACACAAGGUAGCUUACUGGAGUACCUCAAGACUAGAGGCCAAGCUGCAAUUGAGCAAAAGGAUCUUGUAGGAUUUGCUAGGGAUAUAGCUCUUGGUAUGCGUUAUCUGCACUCGAAGAAUUUGGAGCAUAGGGAUUUGACAACAAGGAAUGUUCUAAUACAUGAAAAUGGAACGGCAAAAGUGUCAAAUUUUGGACAGGCACGAAAAGCUAACUUUGACCGUGUGGAAGUGCUCCCUUUGAAACUCGAGUCCGAUGUGUGGAGUUACGGGAUAUUAUUAUGGGAAAUGUUCUCAUUUGGUGAAACGCCAGGCUCCGGUGUUUUGAAUCUAAAUGCAUUUCCUCUUGAAUGUCCUGAUGGAUGCCCCAAACAAAUUUACGAUGUGAUGAGAGACUGUUGGCAAACUGACCCAAAGCAGCGGACAAAAUUCCUGACAAUAUGCGAAACUCUUAGUGAAAUUUACAAAUCAUUUCAACCUGUUGUAGUACCUCCAGAGAUUCUUGCACGAGGAUCUUUGGCUUUGGAAGCCUACAACAAGGCCCUUGCUGAGGGGAAGACGUUCGACAAGAGGGUGCCAAUCAUGUUGAUUGGACAGGAUCGUUCAGGAAAGACUAGUUUAAAGAACUCACUUAGGGGAACACCUUUCAACUCAGAUGAAGACAGCACAGUGGGGAUCGAUGUUGAUCCUUCUCAUUUCAAAGUUUCAACUGAAAUCUGGAAAGCGGGGGAGAAGGACCAAGGAACGAAUUCUGAGGAAUCUAUUUCCUAUGAACACCACGCAGCCCGAUUGAUCGUCGAACAUUUAAGGCAAAAGGAAAGCAUGUUUAAGGAAAGGGAUCCAGAAUUCAUACAGGAUUUCUCAUCAGAUGUGGUACCUAUUGAAAGUAGCGAGGAUUCUACUAAAAGAGAUGCAAAUGACUCAAUUAUGGCUUCAUCCACUUCAGUUCAGGCUACUGCUGGUAAUCUCUAUGAUGAUAAAGUAUCUGAAGUGUCAAAAGACUCCCGAUCUACUGACACUUCCCAUUUUGAGAUAUUCAGCGAUCGAAAGCCCAGCAGUGACAACAUAACUGGCAUGCCAGACGAUAUAGCAAGUUUGAUUGAAAUGUUGCUGCGAGAAGUUGAUAAGGAGGAAGAUAAAGAAGACCUAUAUUCAGUGUUGUGGGAUUUUGGUGGACAAUCGGUAUACUAUGCAACGCAUCCACUCUUUCUUACUCCAAGAGCGAUCUAUCUAUUAGUUAAUGACCUCAGCCGAAAUCCACAUGAAAGAGCCAAAUCAGUUAUGAAGCAAGGAAUGUUUACAAAAUUUGAGGACAGCUUUGAUUUCAGAACCAAUUUGGAUUAUCUUCAGUUCUGGAUGUCGUCUGUUGCUUCCCUAGCCAUUGACGAUAUAGCUGACCAACAAGGUCCCAAAUCUGAAAUGUUGCCAGACAGGCUUCCCCCAGUAUUCUUAGUGUGCACUCAUGCUGACAUACCCUAUGAUGGUGGUGAUCCUACUACACUUGCCAAUGAGAUAUUUGGUUCUCUACAGACCAAACCAUACGAAACCCACUUACAUCACGAAGUCUUUGUUGUGGAUAACACCAAGUCUGGGAAUGAAUCCGAAUGUCCAGAAGUCGUGCGCUUGCGUAAGGACGUUCUUGACGUUGCUAAGGAACUCCCACAGAUGAAAGAAGCCAUUCCAAUCAAGUGGUUAAGAUAUGAGAGGGCACUUCAAGUCAUGAAAGAAGAUGGCCACAAAUGCAUUCCUCUUGACCGCGCAAAACAAGUUGCAUCUGAAGUAUGUAAUAUCGUUGACGAUGAUCAGUUCCAUACCCUGCUGAAUUUUCUGCAUGACAAGAGAAUUCUGAUUCACUUUGCUGACACUCCAGAACUGAACAGAUUGGUGGUCUUGGACCCUCAGUGGUUGAUUGACGUGUUCAAGGAAGUAAUAACAAUUAGGCCCUAUCACGGAAAAGAGAAGGAAUUUAAAAAACUGUGGUGCAAGCUUGAGAAAGAAGGGAUCCUGGAGGAAAAACUAUUAGACCAUGUUUGGGCACCUUUAUUUGACAGCAAAGAAACCCCUGAGAGUCUCAUUGCAAUCAUGGAGAAGUUCAGCUUGCUUUGUCCUUUGCCUUCUUCUGACGAGUCAUGUAAUAAGCACUACCUGGUUCCAUCAAUGUUGAUGUCUCAUCCUCCUGAGGGUAUCGUAGAGCUGGUUAAAUCGGCACAAAUACCCUCUCUUUUUCUCAAAUUUGAAUCUGGUCAUGUUCCGCCUGGCUUGUUUCCCCGACUGGUGCUGCAGUUCUUUCAGUGGGCCGAAGACGAAAGUAUGAGGCCAGUGGACCCUCAAUUGCAUCACAAUUUCGCGAGAUUUUACACCUCUGAAGACGAAAACUGCUCUGUAGUGCUCUUGUGCCAUUCGUUUUCCAUUGAAGUGGUUGUUCACAAAGGAAAUUCAAGUAAUGAUUUGCCAGACAUUCUACAAUCAAAGCUUUCUUUGUCUGCAGAUGCCAGCUGCGACACCUGUGCUCGUGCAGUGCGUAGGCAGCUUGGAUUGAUACUCGAGUCCAUGCGCAAGGAAUUCUGUUGGUUAAAGAAUCUGAAGUAUGAAGUCAGUUUCAUCUGUCCAGUCUGUUGUCAAGGAAGUUCAGUUAACUACUGUCGCACACAUCGUGCUGAAGGAUGCGAGCAAGAGGAGUGUCUACACUUCUGGUCUGAGUCUCAGCUAAUCGAUGUCAAGCCUCCGUCUUGCUCCAAGUCUGCUGUUGCACAGAACAAGAGAUUUCAGACCGAGAAGUUUGCACCAUGGUUGUUGCCUCAAAGGAAUCAGCUUAAAGCUGAUGAACUCGAUGGGAUAAAUUUGGCGGAAGAAAUCAGUCUUCCUGAUGAAGUUCAAGAAUCCCUUCACUCACAGUCUUGUGAUGCCAGAGAGGUUGUAAUUCAACUGCAGCUGAAGCAAGCUUCGUCUCUGGAAGAGCUAGACUCUACGACCAAGGCAUUGAUCCGUUGCUUGGCAAAGAAAUCUAAAGACUCCAACAGGCUUGAUGUGUUCGAGUAUUUGAGAGAGAUUACACCAGCUGGAACUACUGGGCCUCUGCUACCUGAAAGCCUUGAUGUUAGAAAUAUUCCUGUUUUAAAGUCAAGAGAACUUACAAUGGACUUGAGUGGUGGAAGUGAGUGGAAGGAGAUUGCUGAGGCAUUAGGCUUGACUCCACGAGAGAUUCGUUUCCUUGACAACCGUACUUUGAACCCAUUUGACGCUGCACUCGCCUUCAUUGCUAGCCAGCGCUGUAUAACUGUGGGUGAGCUGUACGACUUGCUAAACGAACGUGGGUUUCCUGUGAUAGCUGACCUCCUGUAAUCGAAUAAACAAUUUAUAGAUUGUUUCCGCAUUUAUUCUUGGAGUGCUCUAUGCAUAAAUAUGCAGAGCAAAGAAAAAAAAAAAA